UAUUUGAUAAUUGAGAGAAAUGCAAAAAAAAAGAAGAAAAAAAAGUGUUGCAACCGUCCUAAGUCUACUUCCUUCUUCCUCUCAUGUUCCGCGUGUGGCUGUCGGGGAGUGAGUGUUUUAUUUUGAAACUUGUGACCGGAAACUGUUUGCCGCUGCCGCCUCGGAGCGAACGAGCGGCUCGUGUAGGUGAAUUGACGCCUCGGCCACUUUUCCCUGUUGUCUUGGCUCAGUCAUGUCAAACAGCAGCGCCGCCAACAGCAGUCUAGCCAUCGCCCAGAGGGCAGUGAAGCAGCUCCGUCUGGAGGCCAGUGUCCACAGGAUCAAGGUUUCUCAGGCUGCUGCAGAACUGAAGACCUUCUGUUUGCAAAAUGCCCACAAGGACCCUCUCCUCACUGGGGUGCCUUCCAGUGAUAACCCUUUCAGGCCUCCCAAGUCAUGUGUCCUGCUCUGAGAUCUGCUGAACAAUGACCAUAUUGUCUUUUGGAGCACAAGACACAGCCCUUGAAGCAAAAAUCAAUUUCUUAUCUUUUAAGGACUGUGAAGGAGUGAAAAAAAACCCACUCAAACAGAUGCCUGAUCAUUUCGAUGUGGAUUCCUAUCAUGUGCCCCACCGCCUCUGAAGAUAAAGAAGUCAUGACCAUACACACUCACACAUGCACAAACACACUAUGGAAUGAUGCUGAAACUUUCAGAAUAUAAAUGUAGUUAUGGUUAUCGUUCUAAAUCUGGUGUGAUGUAUGUGUUUGGGCAUCAAAUGUUUUGCUCUUUUCAGGGGUCUAUAAUAUGGAAUGCACAGUAUAGAAACAUGAUAUAAUGUUAGAAGUUGAUAUGUAACUGCUGAUCUUGCUCACAGUGUGAACAAAUGGUCUAGUUCCUACAGUUCAAACAAUCUCUUUGUUGUGUGCAACUUUAAUAUGCACCAAUAUAUGUGUUUAUGUUUGUCAUUUCUGUCUGACACAGUAUCUGGCAUGAAUUAUGCAUCUUCCAUUAAAAAAACAACAACCCAACUGUAA